ACGUAACACAUGGAAAGUUCCGGGCUAGCUGAAGGUCGAUUUUACUCGUAGCUAGCUUAGUGGCUGGAAACGUGUGCGUUUCUUUCUGCUACCAAACACUUAAAAUAGUUUUUAAAAUGCCGAGAGGGAGCAGAAGCCGAGGCUCCAGGAUGGCUCCUCCAGCCAGACGCCGGGCUCCACCUUCACCACCACCUAUGGCCAGGGCUGCGCCCCCGGCACCAGUGCCACCCACACCAUCGGCUGUGGGUGUGCCAGCCACUGCGCCCAGGCAGCCAGGUAUGUUCGCCCAGAUGGCAUCUACAGCUGCUGGAGUAGCUGUAGGGUCUGCUAUCGGACACACGAUUGGCCAUGCAAUGACUGGAGGCUUUAGCGGAGGACAGUCGGAGGCUGCUAAGCCUGAUGUCACCUACCAGGAACCAUACCAGCAGCAGCCACAGUCCAUGUACCAGCAGGGGGCAUCACAACAACAACAGGCCUGUGCUUAUGAGCUCAGACAGUUCAUUGAAUGUGCACAGACACAGAGUGACCUCAAGCUGUGCGAGGGCUUUAGCGAGGUUCUCAAACAGUGCAAGUUUGCUAAUGGUCUCUCGUGAGUCAUAAGCCUGGAGAACACAGGACGCCGUCAACAACUCUGGAUAUAAAAGAUGGUGUUAAUUCACAAGAAAUCAACAUAAUUUAAUGUUUGGCGAUUUAUUUUAAAUAACAUCAGUUUCUUAGGCGAGUACAUAAUUUGUAAAGAUUAUAAAUACUGUGAUAUAUUUUGGUGUUGAUUUAGGUUUGGUCGGUGUUCUCCAUUAGCCUCCAGUUCUGGAGCAGUUUGCUUGUAACAAGUGUAGGAUGAUGAAUAAUAAAUGUAAAAAUAAAUGAAUAACUGAAA